AUGGUUCAUUUGGGUCCAAAAGCUCCCCAACACAGAAAGGGAACCUUCAGUGGUGUUAACGAACAAUUACUCGCGGUAAUCAAGGAAUACGAAGGCUUGUUGACCGUUUCCGGAGAAAAGUUGAGACAGAUUGUUGAUCACUUUGUCGGAGAGUUGAACAAGGGUUUGUCCAAGGCCGGUGGUAACAUUCCUAUGAUUCCUGGUUGGGUCAUGGAAUUUCCUACGGGUAAGGAAAAGGGUGAUUAUCUUGCCAUUGAUUUGGGUGGAACAAACUUGAGAGUUGUUUUGGUCAAAUUGGGUGGUGAUAGAACGUUUGAUUCUACUCAAUCCAAGUACGCUAUUCCUGCUGAAAUCAGAACUGGUACCAGAGAUCAAUUAUUUGACUUUAUUGGUGACUGUUUGAAGAAAUUUGUUGAUGAAUUCUUCCCUGAUGGUGUUGAAGGUGAAUUACCUUUGGGUUUCACCUUCUCCUACCCCGCAUCCCAAGACAAGAUCAACCAAGGUGUUUUGCAACAAUGGACCAAGGGUUUUGAUAUUGACGAUGUUGAAGGUCAUGAUGUUGUACCAAUCUUGCAAGCCUCUAUUGAGAAGUACAAUGUUCCAAUUCAAGUUGUUGCUUUGAUCAACGACACCACUGGAACUUUGGUUUCUUCCAUGUACACUGAUCCCGAAGCUAAGUUGGGUUUGAUUUUCGGUACCGGUGUCAACGGUGCAUACUACGAUGUCACUGGUGACAUUCCAAAGUUGGAAGGUAAGUUGGCAAGCGACAUUCCAGCAGACUCUGUCAUGGCCAUUAACUGUGAAUACGGUUCUUUUGAUAAUGAACAUUUGGUGUUACCAAGAACAAAAUACGAUAUCCAAAUCGAUAAGGAAUCUCCAAGACCAGGUAAGCAAAGUUUCGAAAAGAUGAUUUCCGGUUACUACUUGGGUGAAGUCUUGAGAUUGAUUUUGCUUGAAUUGGCUGAAGAAAAAAAGCUUAUAUUUGUCAACCAAGAUUUGUCUAAAUUGAAGAAGGCUUACGUAUGGGAUGCUUCUAUUCCUGCUCGUAUUGAAGAAGAUCCAUUUGAAAACUUGAGUGAUACUCAAGAUUUGAUCUACGGAUCAGUUGGUAUCCAAACCACCUCUCCUGAACGUAAGGUUAUUAGAAGACUUUGUGAAUUGAUCGGUGACAGAUCCGCAAGAUUAUCCAUGUGUGGAAUUGGUGCUAUCUGUAAAAAGAGAGGUUACAAGACUGCCCAUUGUGCUGCUGAUGGUUCCGUUUACAACAAGUACCCUGACUUCAAGGUUAGAGCUGCUAGAGCCUUAAGAGAAAUCUUCCAAUGGUCUGAUGAAGUUAAGGAAGACCCCAUUAUCAUUGUUCCAGCUGAAGAUGGCUCAGGUGUUGGUGCUGCUGUCAUUGCUGCUUUGACCGAACAAAGAUUGAAGAAGGGUCUUUCAGUUGGUAUCAUUGGAGCUUAA